AUGGGAAGAUACAAUUCUUUCUUGAGAAGUCCAAAAAAGGAGGAACGACAAGUGCCUAACACUGCUGCGGCCGGAUCAUCAGAAAGCAAAGCUAUUCACUCGUCGGUGACUGCUAAGCGCGGUUGCAAUAUUAUGGAUAAACUGGAAGAAAUUUUUGGUGCAGAGGAGAACGACGAGUUAGCACUAGCAGGACAGAACUAUAGCAACUUCGAGUGGAAUUUCAUGGAGUUUGGUGAUGGACAGCUCAAAGAAGAAUAUGAAGAUGUCGACAUGGAGGUAGACUGCAAGGAAAAGAAGGUUACUGAUGAUGUCUUAGAAGACCAAAACCGUUACAGCAGUUUUUUAAGAAGAGAAACUCUUGGGUUUGGGUUUGGGGAGGAUGAAGAGAACCCCAUAACUUUGAACCUGAGUCUGAAUUAUCAGGAGGUGUUGGAGGCAUGGUCAGACAGGGGUUCGCUUUAA